GGUGCAAAGGUUUAGAGCAGAGCACAGCAGCUCGCAGGAGCAGUUAUAUCGAUCGAUUCGAAGUGGAGUUUGAGCUCGACAGGUUUCAUCCCCCGGUGCGGGGGCGAGAUAGAGAAGGAAAGAGAGAGGGAGAGAGAGAGAGAGAGAGAAUGAGAAAGAGAGAGAGAGAAAACAUGGAGAACCGGAAUGGGGAGAGAUUUCGGAGAGGUGAAGAGGGCCGCGUGUAGCGAAAGCUCCCCUUAUAAUCAGACACAGCCAGAUAGGCCGGUCAGCUGCCCGGGCACGAAUCGCUCUCGCGCUGCUUGAUCAGUCAUCCAAGUUCGAUUGUGUUUAAUCGCUCGUCUCUAUUUGUUCAUCUUCGUGUGAUCUUUUUUCUUCUUUUACUCGAUAUCAUUCACUUCUUCCUAUCUCUCCUCUUCUUCUUCUUUUUCUUCUUCUUCCGGAUUUCCGGGUGUCUCAUAACCGCGGCUUGGAUUUGCCGCGUGUCGACCUUGAAAAAGUGACAGUGCGAGUUUCUCGAUUUCGGCGAGCUCCUCUGUCAAGGCUGGCAGGACAAAAAUAAAGAGACGCAUAGAAAGUUUGCUCACCAAGGAAAAUUCGAUAGCUAUGAAGAAAAGAAGAAAUUAUUAAUAUCACGGCGGAAGAUCGUUUAUUAACAAUGGAAGAGACAUCCUCCAGAAUGCGUCCUUAUCUUGACUGGGAUAAUGAAGACAAAUACUCGGUAGCGAAUAGUCAAGUGCCCUUGCAGAAUGGCGAAGACGAUCAUCCGGAACGUGGAAACUGGACAGGAAAAUUCGACUUUCUUUUGUCUCUUCUGGGAUACAGCGUAGGUCUCGGGAAUGUCUGGAGAUUUCCAUAUCUUUGUUAUUCGAACGGCGGUGGUGCUUUUCUGAUACCGUUCACCGUGAUGCUUAUCAUCGCCGGAUUGCCUCUUAUGUUCAUGGAGCUUUCCUUAGGACAAUAUGCUAGCCUUGGGCCCGUGGCAGCUUACAAGCAGUUUUGCCCUCUGCUUCGUGGAUUAGGAUACGGAAUGGUCCUUAUUAGUUCCGUUGUCAUGCUUUAUUAUAAUUUAAUCAUUGCUUGGACACUAUAUUACAUGUUUGCCUCGCUUAUUGGUGGUUGGGAGUUACCCUGGAGCAAAUGCGAAAAGGAAUGGAGCAGCGAGGAUUGCUUCAUGCCGGACACUGCCGAGGCUUGUGUCUCUCAAAAUGCUAUUUAUUUCAAAGGGAAAUGCCUCAAUUCAACUCAAAUAACUGCAAUGGGUUUGAUUAUCGAAAAUGUGACCGGCGCUAUCAGAAGACCACCAGCUGAGGAAUACUUUCACAAUCACGUUUUGGGAAUCAGCAGUGGGAUCGAAGAGACUGGAUUAAUUCGACCGUCUAUGGCGGCCUGUCUUUUCCUGGCAUGGAUCAUCGUGUUUCUCUGCCUGAGUAAAGGUGUGAAUAGCUCAGGCAAAGUCGUAUACUUCACCGCUCUUUUCCCUUAUGUUGUCCUGAUCGCCCUUUUUAUUCGUGGAAUCUUACUUCCUGGUGCUAACGAGGGUGUACUCUUCUAUCUGACUCCCGAUUGGAAGAGGCUGACGUCUGCCAAAGUAUGGGGAGACGCCGCCGUUCAAAUCUUUUUCGCUUUGAGUCCGGCCUGGGGAGGUCUGAUCACCUUGAGCUCGUAUAACAAGUUUAACAAUGACUGCUACAAGGAUUCCUUAAUCGUGGCGAUCAGCAACAUCGGGACUUCCUUCUUCGCCGGCUUGGUGAUCUUCUCGGUAAUCGGUUUCCUUGCUCACGAGCUCGACGUACCGGUGGCGUCGGUGGUAGAUGAAGGCGCCGGUUUGGCAUUUAUCGUUUAUCCGGAGGUCGUGGCUCGUCUGCCGAUCGCACCUGUCUGGUCAGUACUCUUCUUCAUCAUGCUGCUCACCUUGGGCCUCGAUUCGCAGUUCGCUCUUAUGGAGACUGUUACCACAGCAAUACUCGACGGCAUUCCAUCGUUAAGAAACUACAAGAUUUGGGUUGUCCUAGGGGUUGCGGUGAUCGGCUACGCUGGUGGCAUUAUUUUCACCACCAAUGCUGGCAUGUACUGGCUGCAGUUAAUGGACAAGUAUGCGGCUAAUUGGUCCGUCCUGUUGAUCGCCAUAAUCGAGUGUAUUCUCGUGGCAUGGGUGUACGGUGCGGAUCGCUUUCUGAAUGACAUCCAACAGAUGAUCGGACCCCGAAGUCGUUUAUGGAGAUUCUUUUGGACGUGGAUGUGGAAGGUCGUCACGCCCGCCGCCCUGUUCUUUAUCUUCUGUUUUAAUUGGGUGGAAUACGAGCCGCUCAAAUACGGAACUUACGUCUAUCCAAAGUGGGCGGACAUAUUAGGUUGGGUCAUCAGUAUGCUUCCUAUUCUAGUAAUUGUCGCGUUACUUAUAGAUCAGCUGAAAGGAUGUCGGCGAUCACCUUAUGAUAACGAUGACGAAGAUGACGAUAACGACGAGGACGAUGACGACGAUGAUGAUGAGUUAGACAAUAAUGAAUCUUGUCAAAAAGUUGAAAAAAAGGACAAGACUAAGAAUAAGAACGUUUGGAAGCGCAUAAAGAUAUUGUUGCAACCGACGUCCAAUUGGGGUCCGGCGUCGCGAAAUUCUUUGACACCUUCCAGAACUUUGACACCUUUAUCAGCAAUCCCAGGAACGUACGAUUCGGUGCGGGAUACGAUCAUCUUGGUGAACGGUCAACCGAUGAUGGUGCAAUCACCAAGCGUCAUUCCAACUGUUCAGAAACUUCCAGGCCCGUCGAUCCUAAAGAACUCUAGCAAGACCGAUCUGAUUACCUCGCAGCAAGUCUGACAAGACACGUUAGUUUCACAUCCGAUUAUGAAUUCUUAGAAGAACCAUGCUGAGAAGUCAGUGUGCCUAAUAUAAAGUAAGCAUAUUUUUGAAAUGAACAAUCUUACAUUGUCAAUACGAGUUCUAUUUACGAGAAGUAUAAAUUAAAAAAUUUUUUUUAAUUAACAUAUUACUAUAUAAUUUUUCAUUGGAUAUAAUUUUUACAAUUGAUUGCGUCAAGAAAGGGUGUUAAAUGGACUUUUUAUUAAUUAUAUGUAAUUUAUUAAUUAAUAUUUAUAAAAAAAAUUCUUUAUUCUUCCGUGAUAAAAUAAGCAACUUUGUUAGAAUAAAUGAGUCAACAUUUAUCAAAUAAUUCCUUGAUAUUAAUGGCGAAAUUUAAAUAGAUAUUAAAAUAUUGAUAUUAAAAUCUUAAUGGCCAAGGAAUGUUGUAAAAUGUUACGUGAAACUAAAAAAUUGAAAAAAACUAUGAAAAAUGAUAUAGGGAAUAUUAUUAUUUAAAGAGCGAUAUUCUGUCAUCCAAAUGCAAUGAAAGUAUUAUUACACAAAAAACAAUUGUGUCACAAUAGAGAAAUAUUUAUUUUUG